AUGAAAAAGACCAGAGCUGUACAACCAUGGUUACGUGGUGAGCUUUCAGGUGGUCAACGAUUCGAUUGGGCUAUGGAAGACGCUUAUCAGUUUGUUAGAAGAAAGGACAACAUCACUACUCUCGCUUCACUUGUCUUUCAUCAAAUCUGGAAAUUCUAUUGUAAAUCCUAUUUUGGUGGUACUCCUCUCCACGAUAACAACCUCCUAUCUAAUGAAUCUAUCAUAAAUGAAUAUAUACAGCACAUAUCAGUUAUGAAAUUAAAUAUAAAUAACAGUAUCAGUCCUUUGCACUUUAAAACGUUUUUAUCACCUCCUCACGAGUUGUAUUGCCCGUGGGCUCUUAGGACAUUAAUUAUUAAGUUGAUGAGAAUACUGAUCAUCGAUUUGGUUAAUUGA